AAAAAAGAAAAAGUGAAUCAGGUUCUCGUCUCGAUCAAAUUCACUGCGUUUUCAAAGCAAUUUCCACCGUUCCUUCCACCAUCCCAGCAUAAAAAAUAAAAAGAACGAAACAAAACAUGUAGCUGUCAGAGAUUUUUAUAUCACAAAUAGACAUCAUUUCAGUGCCUAAAUCCAUUCUAGAGAGAGAGAGAGAGAUCAUUUUGCAGAAGGGUCUCUUCCAUUACCAAAUUCUUCCAAUUCCCCGUUUCUAAUGGAUCUGUUCCAUUUGGUCUACGAGAGAAUCCGAGAAUCCGUUGCUUACUCGUCUUCCAAAAUACCUCGAUGGAAUCACGAUGUCUUCUUGAGUACUUUCAGUGAAGAUGAUGUUGGCAACAAAAUCAUCAUCGAUGGCCUCUACAAUGCUUUGCUUCAAAAUGGGGUUCAUACUUUUAGAGAUGGCGACGAGGAGGAAGAAGAAAAAAAGGGAGGAAGGGAAAGAGAGAAACGAAUUGAAGAAUCGAUGAUCGCCAUAAUCCUUUUCUCAAUAAAAUACGUUUCUUCGAUAGAGUGUCUAGAUGAACUGGUGAAGAUAGUUGCAUGUAGAAGCACCACUGGUCUAACUGUUUUCCCUGUUUUCUGUGAUGUGGAUCCAUCGCAUGUGCGAAAACAGAACGGUAGUUUGGAGGAAGUGUUUGCCAGUUUUGAAGAAGAAGAGGAAAAAGAUAAGGUGAAGAGGUGGAGGGUAGAUCUUACUACAGUGGCUAAUCUUUCUGGUUGGGAUCUUCGAGACGUUUCUAAUGGGCAUGUGGAAAAAUUUAUCCAAAAAAUUGUUGACGAUGUUUUGAUUAAACGAAGUCGAAAACCAUUGAACAUCUCUAGUUAUCUUGUUGGAAUAGAUUCCCGUGUUGCAACAAUGAUGAAUUCAUAUAUAUAUCUUUCUACACGUGAAGUCCGUAUCAUUGGAAUUUGUGGUAUUAGUGGAAUUGGUAAGACAACCAUUGCGAAGGGUUUAUAUAAUGAAAUUUAUCAUAGAUUUGAAGGUUGCAGUUUUCUUGAGAAUGUUCGAGAAGUUUCAAAACAACCCAAUGGUCUAAUUCAUUUACAAGAACAACUCUUGUCUGAUGUCCUUAUGAAGAAAAGCAUUGAGGUAGGAAAUGUUGCUAGAGGAAUAAAUUUGAUCGAACAGAGGCUUAAAUACAAAAGGGUUCUUAUCAUUAUUGAUGAUGUAGAUCAUUCAGAUCAAUUAAAUGCAUUGGCUGUCAAGCGUGAUUCGUUUGGUAUGGGAAGUAGAAUCAUUGUCAUAUCACGGGAUGAACAUUUUCUAAACACAGCUGAAGUAUGUGACAUUUAUCAUCCUGAAGAGUUAAACUUUGUUGAAUCUCUUCAACUCUUUAGUCGGCAUGCAUUUAACAAUGAUUCUCCACCAGAUGACUACAAGAAGCUAUCAAAGGAGAUGGUUGAUAAUGUCAAUGGACUUCCGUUAGCUCUUGAGGUUAUAGGUUCUUUGAUGUUUGACAAAAGAAGCUUAUCUGAAUGGGAGAGCACAUUAGUCAAACUAAAAGGUACUUCUAGUGAUCAAAUUCAAAAAAAACUUAGAUUAAGUUUUUAUGAUUUGGAUGGCCCAGAGAAGGAAAUCUUCCUUAACAUUGCAUGCUUCUUUAUUGGAAUGGACAAAGACUAUGUAUCUAAAAUACUAGAUGGUUGCAACUUGUAUGCAAUUAUCGGAAUCCGCAUUCUCAGUCAAAGAUGUCUUGUUGCAAUUGAUAAUGACAAUAAACUAAAGAUGCAUGAUAUACUUCGAGAGAUGGCAAAGGAAAUUGUUCAUGAAGAAUCUCCUGAAGAACCUGGAAGACGUACAAGAUUGUGGUCACGAGAGGAUGUUUGUGAUGUAUUGACAAAAAAUGAGGGUACCGAAUCUGUUGAAGGCAUCACCCUAACCAUUUCUCAGUCUGAGGAGUUGUGUUUUGAUACUAAAGCAUUUGUAAACAUGCAUAAUCUGAGACUGCUUCAACUCAAUUAUGUACACUUGAGGGGAGGGUAUGAACAUUUCUCUAAGGAAUUAAGAUGGCUUUGUUGGCAUGGAUUCACUUUGAAUUCUAUACCCACCAAUUUUAGCAUGGAGAAUCUUGUUGUUCUUCACAUGGAAAAUAGCAAUGUUAAAAAGAUUUGGAAGGAAAUCAAGCUGCUCAAAAGGUUGAGAAUCCUGAACUUUAGUCAUUCGAGAUACUUAAAGAAAACCCCCAACUUCUCAGGACUUCCCAAUCUUGAGGAACUGAUCCUUGAAGAUUGUAAAUGUCUGGUUGAGGUUCACCAAUCCAUUGGGUAUCUUGACAAUCUUAUUGUCUUGAAUCUGAAAAACUGCAAUAAUCUUAAGAAGCUUCCAAGCAGCAUUGGUUUGUUGAGAUCUCUUGAAGUACUCAAUCUCUAUGGUUGCUCAGAACAGGUGCAGUCUACUUCAUGGUUUUCUUCAUUCUCCAAAAAAUUUCUCAGUUCACUAAGAAGACAACUUACUUCUACCACUUCACUGCUUCCUGCUUCUUUCUCUGGUUUGUGCACUCUGAGAACAGUGAAUCUCAGUUUCUGCAAUCUAUCAGAAGAUUUGAUACCCAAUGAUUUUUGGAACAUGCCAUGGGUGACUUGGUUAGAAUUAAAAGGGAACAAAUUUCGCACCCUACCAACCAACAUCAGAAAUCUUUCUCGUCUUGAAUCACUGACAUUGAGUUACUGCAAAGAUCUCAAAAUAAUGACAGAGAUACCUUCGAGUUUAGAGUAUUUGACUCUAGAAGGUUGCUCAAAAUUGGAAAUAUUACCAUCCAACAUUCUUUUCUCUCGAAUUUUGUAUCUUGCUUUGAACAGAUGUAAGAGGCUACAGUCAUUUCCAAGUGGUUCCACAUCUUCGCAAGGAGCAGAGGACAUUAAGAACAAGCAGAAUUUAACAUAUUUGGUUGUCGACUUUGAUUACUUCCGUCGUAGAUCAAAUGAAAUAAGUUGCCUUCCUAAUCUUUUGAGCUUAACUUUGGAACUUUGUGGGAGGCCUCAAACACUGCCAAAGCUUCCACCAAGUUUAACUUCUUUGUUUGUAGAAGGUGACAUAUCAUCAAUUUUGCUUGUUAAUAGCAGCAGCAGGGAGAUCCAGAGUAUGGAAACUUCUCAAUCUGAACAAGGCAUUCACAUGGAAAGCUGUGGCCAUCGGAGGAACACUUUGAAUAACAUGUUACAGGUAAGCAGCAGCAGGGAGAUCCAGAGUAUGGAAACUUCUCAAUCUGAACAAGGCAUUCACAUGGAAAGCUGUGGCCAUCGGAGGAACACUUUGAAUAACAUGUUACAGGUAAGCAGCAGCAGGGAGAUCCAGAGUAUGGAAACUUCUCAAUCUGAACAAGGCAUUCACAUGGAAAGCUGUGGCCAUCGGAGGAACACUUUGAAUAACAUGUUACAGGUAAGCAGCAGCAGGGAGAUCCAGAGUAUGGAAACUUCUCAAUCUGAACAAGGCAUUCACAUGGAAAGCUGUGGCCAUCGGGGGAACACUUUGAAUAACAUGUUACAGGUAAGCAGCAGCAGGGAGAUCCAGAGUAUGGAAACUUCUCAAUCUGAACAAGCAAUUCACAUGGAAAGCUGUGGCCAUCGGGGGAACACUUUGAAUAACAUGUUACAGGUAAGCAGCAGCAGGGAGAUCCAGAGUAUGGAAACUUCUCAAUCUGAACAAGCAAUUCACAUGGAAAGCUGUGGCCAUCGGGGGAACACUUUGAAUAACAUGUUACAGGUAAGCAGCAGCAGGGAGAUCCAGAGUAUGGAAACUUCUCAAUCUGUACAGGGCAUUCACAUGGAAAGUUGUAACCAUCGGGGGAACACUUUGAAUAACAUUUUACAGGUCCAUCAGGAUAUAGACGAGAGAUUUAACUUGUGGGGUUUUGGGAGUGAGAUUCCGGAAUGGAUCAAACAUCAAAAUAUGGGGUCUUCAAUAUCCUUUGAGGUAUCGUCAUCUGACUAUUGUUCGGGUUGUAAGAUACAAGGGUUUGAUGUAUCUGCUGUAUUUUCAUGUGAGAAAUACGUAGAAUACGUAGACUUCUGUUCUUUUGUUGUAAUUUAUAAUAAAACCAAACAAAUUCGAUGGGGACCCGUUGAAGGAUGGAAACACCUCACACGUCCACUUCCAAUUCAAUCUGGUCAAGACAUAUUGUUGGUGCGCCAUAUUAUAAUUUCUGAGCUUUGGGAUUUCUCUGGACGCCAUGCUGGAUUUGGAGAUCACUUUGAAGUGGGAGAUCAAGUCGAGGUUACAGUAGAAAUUAAGGGUAUAGCUGGAAGAAGUUUGCUAGUGAAGAAGUGUGGAGUUCUGUUGGUCCAUGAGCCAGAUGAUCAAGAAUAUCAAGAUCAAAUCAGUUUGAUGAUCAUUGAUCAAUUGCGGAAGAAAUACAUGUCUGCUUCAGGUGAUGAGAAUGAGGGUAACCACAAUGAAGAAAUUUUGCGAGCUUUGCGAGGUGGAUGCUUAACAAUGUGACUUUGAGUUCCUAUGGAGAUAUAUUUUCUUUCAUAUAUGAGGAAGUUCUCCUUUUACUGUUGUGAAGGAAGAAUCCUUGAGGCAAUAUUAUAUUUUUUUUGUAAUCUAUUAUUUUAGAUGUAAACUGCAUUAGAUGGUGAUUUUCAAUUUUCUGAAAAGCUUUUAUUA